GAUGGAUCGGAUCUGUCGGAUCCGACGAUAAGAUAAUUUCAGUCGAGUGGGGGUCGGCCACGAGAAGUAUAGGGGGUCGCAUACUAUUAUUGGACCCCCCGGUAGCCCUUAGCCUUCAUUACUGUCCGUCCGUUGGUGCGAGGAAGGAAGGUUAAUUUGUGUAUGGAUUUAAUUGAUGGAUCCGAAACAAAAUGCAGCGGCAACCUAUCGGAGACAAGAAGAAAUAAUCAAAAUCGAGACUGCGAUCCACAAGUUCGACAAUACCUAAUAUAACCAGUAAUUACGUGAGUUAGUUGCAUCGUAAUCAGAACCAAUUCAAUACGAGAAAGGACAAAGGCCGUCAGAGAUGUUCGAGCACGUUAGUCGAUUAUCUCUUAUCCUGUUUCUCGCCGAGGAGUAUUUAUCUCCUUCAUAGUCGUUGGCUGUGACUGUGAUACAUAUCCUUUCCGGUUCCUAUAGUCAUCAAAAGCUGCACCAUCAUGUCUUCCUCACAGCAACUUAGCUCGCUCCCCAGCACGGGGUAUGGGCACCAGACAGUCACAAGACCUAGAGAGAAGGCAGGGUCAGGAAUUGGGCUGUACAGUAGAUAUGCAGUGGCCGGGGGCAUCUGCUGUUCAUUUACACACGCAGUUCUCACCCCGAUUGAUGUUGUCAAAACAAGGAUACAACUUAAUCCUCAGUGGUACCGCCAGGGUAUCCUGAGCAGUUUACGACAAGUAACCGUCCAGGAAGGGGCGGCGGCCUUGACCACUGGAUUCGGCCCCACAGUUAUCGGGUACUUCUUGCAAGGAGCUUGCAAAUUUGGUGGAUAUGAAUUCUUCAAGAAACUCACAGUCGAUGCCAUCGGACAGGACGCGGCGUCGAGAAACCGGAAUGCCGUAUAUUUGACCUCCUCUGCUACGGCGGAGUUCUUUGGGGAUGUACUUCUGUGUCCGUUUGAAGCGGUUCGAAUCCGGCUCGUCUCUCAACCGACAUUUGCUCGGGGCCUUGUAGACGGCCUCAGGAAGAUGGCAUUACAGGAAGGGGUCAGUGGUCUAUACUCUGGCCUGGGGCCAAUAUUACUGAAGCAGAUUCCGUACACGAUGGCUACUUUCGUCGUGUAUGAAAAAGCUAUCGAGUUGGCAUAUCAGUCGCUUGAUCGGUCGAAGUUAUCCACUGCGGCACACACUGGGAUCAAUCUCGGCUCCGGCCUGGUAGCAGGAGUGGCGGCCGCAAUUGUUUCACAGCCGGCAGACACGAUGCUCAGCCAGAUCAACAAAACACAAGCACAGUCCGGAGAAGGAGCCAUCCGUCGAUUAUUUAACAUCGCUUCUGCACUUGGGAUCCGUGGUAGUUAUGCGGGCAUUCGAGCCCGACUGGUCAUGGUCUCCGGUAUGACUGCGGGCCAGUUUGCUAUCUAUAGGGAUAUCAAACGGAUGCUCGGCGUAGCACCAGGAACUGUCGAUACCAACACCUGA